AUGUCUACUCCAACGUCUUCAAACCACAACCAGCCCCACAUCGCCAUCAUCGGCGGUGGCCCGGGCGGACUCGUCACUCUACUCACCCUCUCCAAACGCGGCAUUCCCGCGACGCUGUACGAACGCGACGCUAGCCGCACCGCGCGUGUCCACCUCGGCGGCAUGCUCGACCUCGACUGGGAGAGCGGCCAGCGCGCGCUACGCGAGAACGGCAUGGAGGACUCCUUCCGCAAGUACUCUCGCCGAGACGCCGAGGAGAUGCGCAUCUGCGGCAAAGACGGUGUCCCCAUCUUCCAUGAGGAGAGCCCCGAGCCGGACGCCGACGACCUGAGGCAUGCUCGCCCUGAGAUCGACCGACGCGUCCUCCUGGACGUCCUCCACGACGCAGUCCCGCAAGACGCGAUCAAGUGGGGCCAUGCCCUCGCGUCGAUCAAGCCCCUCGAAGACGGCCGGCACGAGCUGACGUUUGCGAACGGCGCCGUCGUCGUCGCGGACGUCGUAGUAGGUGCCGACGGUGCGCACUCCCGCAUCCGGCCCCUCCUCUCUUCAGCUACCCCUAUCUACCAUGGCGUCACCGGCGCCGAGAUCUCUCUCCCCGCCGCAGCGGCAGCGCUACCAGAAAACCGUGACAUCAACGAGGGUGUUGGGAAGGGUACCUGCAUGCUCGCGCAGGACGAGAAGAUCGUCGCGCUCCAGCGGAACGGCGACGGGCGCAUCCGCGCGUACGUCUGGCACCGCACCACGCUCGACUGGGCGCUCCCCCACGACCCGAAGGAGGCAAAGAAGGUCCUGCACGAGCUGUGCGCGGACUGGGCGCCGUGGGUGCACAAGUUCAUCGAGCAGGCCGACGAGACCGCCAUCUACCCCCGCCCGCUCUUCCACCUCCCCGUCGGCCACCGCUGGGCGCACAAGUCUGGGCUAACGCUCAUCGGGGACGCGGCGCAUCUGAUGAGUCCGUUCGCGGGCGCCGGCGCGAACCUUGCGAUGCGGGAUGGCCUGGACAUCGGGCUCGUGCUGGCUGACGCUGUGUCGAAGGGUCUGGAUUGGAAGGAGAGGGACGCUGCCGUCGCUGCGUGGGAGGAAGGAAUGUUCGCGAGGGUGGAGCCGGAGGCUGCGAUCACAGCACAGAACCUGGAGGCAUUCAUGGGCCCUGGCGCUCCGCAUUCGGCGCGGAAGGCCAUGCAGGAUGCGAUGGCUCAGGCUGGUGCGCCACAGUAGCGCGCCGGAUGCGGUAUCUCGUUUCGUUUUAUGUAAAUGUAUCACACCUAUGUAUUGCUUGCAAGCCCGCGGAUGGUGUGCGGUUGGGGGCGUUGUGGUUCGCCGUUCGACAGGAAGUUUGCAUAUUUUCACUCCGCC